AUGAGUACAACAAAAAAAUUUACAGUAGAAAAAAUUGAUUAUAUUUAUGAACGUUUACGUACACAAAUUACUAGCAAUGAAUCAUCAAUAACAUCUCAAUCAUAUGUAUUUUUUAUCAUUGGUGCAUCUGGUGAUUUAGCUAAAAGGAAAAUCUAUCCAACACUUUGGUGGCUUUAUCGUGAUGGUGUUUUACCGAAAAAUAUUUCUUUUAUUGGUUAUUCUCGUAGCCAAUUGACAAUUGAACAAAUAUUUGAAAAUUCUCAUAAAUAUAUGAAGAUUCAAGAAGAUGAACAUGAUAUUUAUGAAAAAUUUCUUAAACUUAAUUCAUAUAUUUCUGGUUCUUAUGAUAAAUCUGAAGAUUUUGAAAAUUUAAAUUCUAAAGCAAAUAAAAUAUCACAUCAAGUGAAUGCUCAUCGACUUUUUUAUUUAGCUUUACCACCAAAUGUUUAUGAAAGUGUAUCGGAAUUAAUUAGUAAACAUUGUCGUGCGGCAUCACCUGGUUGGUUACGUUUAAUUAUUGAAAAACCAUUUGGUAAAGAUCUUGAAAGUUCAAAUAAAUUUUCUCAACAUUUAAAUAAAUUAUAUACUGAAGAAGAAAUUUAUCGUAUUGAUCAUUAUUUGGGAAAAGAAAUGGUACAAAAUAUAUUGGUACUUCGAUUUUCUAAUAGAAUAUUUUCACGUGUUUGGAAUCGAGAUUCAAUUGCAGGAGUACAAAUUAUUUUUAAAGAAAAGAUUGGAACACAUAGACAUGGUAGUUAUUUCGAUGAAGUUGGUAUUAUUCGUGACGUCAUACAAAAUCACUUAAUGCAGAUCUUAUCGAUUCUUGCAAUGGAAAAACCACGUUCAACAACUGGUGAAGAUAUUCGCGAUGAAAAAGUGAAAGUAUUACGUUGUAUAGCACCAAUUAAAUUAGAAAAUGUUAUUGUUGGACAAUAUAUUGGUGAUAAAAAAUCAACUGACAGUGAGCGUCAACUAGGUUAUUUAGAUGAUAAAAAUGUACCAAAAGAUUCUACAACACCAACAUAUGCACAAAUCAUUGUUUUUAUAAAGAAUGAACGUUGGGAUGGUGUUCCAUUCAUACUUCGUGCAGUUAGAAGCAAAGCAUUAAAUGAAAGAAAAGCUGAAAUUCGUAUUCAAUUUCGUGAUGUACCUGGUAGAAUGUUUGAUGAAGAACUAUCGGAAAAUAAUGUUGAAGGAACAUUAGCUCGUGAUGAACUUGUUAUUCGUAUACAACCUGAUGAAGCUAUUUAUCUUAAAAUAAAUACAAAACGACCUGGUGAAAUGAAUUUUAGUAUUGAAGAAACUGAAUUAGAUUUAACUUAUAAUGAACGAUAUCAAGGUGUAAAAUUACCUAAUGCAUAUGAACGUUUAAUACUUGAUGUAUUUAUGGGUUCAAAAAUAAAUUUUGUACGUUCUGAUGAAUUACAAGAAGCAUGGCGUAUUAUUGAUCCAAUACUCGCUGAAAUUGAGAAGAAAAAAUUACAAAUUAUUCCAUAUAAAUUUGGUGCCAUAGGAAUACGUGAAGCAUUCGAUGCAGCCGUAAAACAAGGUUUUAUUUAUACUCGUACAUAUGUGUGGGAAGAUGACUGA